GCAGGCACAUUAGCAGGCACUAUGGAUUUCGGGCUUAUUGCUAUGGUUAUUGAUAACAUUUCGUAUGGAUGUCAAAUAUGGCGUUUGAUUAUUGCUAUAAACAUUGCAUUUGUACUUUUGAUGUAUUUUAAUUUUUGAUUACUCUUACUUGUUGUUUUCGUUGCAAAAGUUCGUGCAUAGUUCAGGCUGUAAUGUCUGCUCUAACUGAGGACAUAGUUUUGUCCAGAUCGCGAGCAACCUCUCUUCUGAAAGUUAGAAAACUAAAUUGCUGGGGAAGUGGUCUGUCUGAUGUGUCAAUAUUAAAAAGAAUGCCAAAUGUUGAAAUUGUAACUUUGAGUGUUAAUGAGAUCAGCAGCCUUAAAGAUUUUGCAAAUUGUCGAAAACUAAGAGAGCUUUACUUGCGUAGAAACUGUAUCAUUGAUAUUAAAGAAGAAGUACAAUACUUAAAAGAUUUGCAUUUAAAAGUUUUAUGGCUGUCUGAUAAUCCUUGCUCACAAGUAAAUGAUUACAGAUCUACCAUUAUCAAAAACCUCCCAGGCAUAGAAAAAUUGGAUAAUAUAGUGAUUUCUCGUGAUGAAGUAAACAAUUGUUUGGCUGAUGCGAAUGACUCUGAAGUUUGGUAUGAGGACACACCUGAGCCUGAAUUUGAGGAUGUGACUGAAUCUGCUAUCUCGGGAAAUUUGAAUGAAAAAACCAGCACAAAAUCACUUCUCAAUGAAACAAACAAAUUACGCGAACAACUUGGCUUACAACCUCUUGCUAUAGACGAUAUUUCUCAGUCAAAUAUUCAAGAUUCUUUAACUCAGCGUUUAGAGAAGAAACGUCCAAUGGAUAGUUGUGAUACCAACUCAGCUGCUUAUCACGAAUCUUCGUCAAAAAGUUUCAAGGGCAAAAGUUCAAAUUUGCUGUCAGCAGUCACCUUAUUACUUAACGAUAUGAAUGAAGACGAACUCAAUGCUCUACAAAAAGAAGUAGAGCAGAAAUUGUGGACAAUUCGCGAAAAAACUUCAAGUAUGAAACACAAAGAGCUCAUUAAAUCAUCAAGUUAACGUGGUUAGUACAGUUGUUCGACAUACUACUAUUCAUACACUGAAGGUAGCUUUAUCAAAUAAAGUAAUAUAUAUCCAGAAUCAUAUUCCUGAAAGCUGCGACAUUUUCUUAGCUUAUGAAAACUCUUUAUCUAUUCCCUUAACCCCUCUCCCCGAUUCUCAUGACUAUGUUCUAUUGUUUAUUACUAUAUAAGGAAAAAGUAUAAAGAUCUAGUCCCGGUAACAAUCUUAAUAUACUUUUAAAACGUUGCAGAUACCAUUGUGUAUUGUAAUGUUUGUAGAAUUGUUUGAAAAAAUAAUUUAAUGAUAUAAAAAUUAGUUAAAAAGCUUCAUGUUUUUUCAGCGAAAUUCUCUUCAGGUUUCGUCUCUGUCAUAAAGAAAAUUUAUAUAAUUAGCAGCAAAUGAUACUAAAAACAAGGAUUAUACGAAUAGUACAAAUUGAAUUGUAGGCAGAAUAACCAGAUGCAUAUUUUCUUUCAAACGCGAUAAUUGAGCGGAUUUUGAUGUAUCAGGACCUCUAUCUUUAUCAUAAUCGCAAUUUUCGUUUUUUAAUGUCGCCUAGCAAUGGCUAGUUUAUUUUCAACAGUAGCAUUUUCAGAGAAAGCAACAAUAUUAUUUGUGAAGGAAAUCCCUGAGAUAUAUCUGUAUGGCAUUAAUUAGCCAUGUUAGUGUCAUUCUAGCAUUACAGGUGAGAAAGAAUUUUACUGUAAAUACUGGCAGAUUUAUUUAUCAGUUUUUAUUAGAACAGACCUGGGACCUGAAGAGAAAUCUGUCAUAAAUAAUUCAUCGUGGUUUAACUACCAAACUAAAAACUUGAAAGUAUAUUCUAAGAAAAUAUUAAAAUGUAAGUCGUUUCUAAUUGUAAAAUGUACUAGUAAUUAAAAUGUAGAUAUUUUGAAACUGUUAAUUCCUUUAAAAAAGAAUUAAAAUUGCAUGAUCAUAUGGAAGGUAACUUUGGAAAGCAGUAAAACUCCUUUGUUUUAUAUUGCUUGGUGAUAGCCAACACAUACAAAUACAAAAAACAGAGACAAUUGAAAUAGGUUUAAUGUUUUUAGUUACUUAUACGUAGUUACAACGGAACACGUCAACCUAAAGGCAACAAAAUAUAAUUUCCUUGAAUGAAUAUUUACUCAACUCAA